AUGAUUAUCCGAAGAGCCGUCCUCCCUCCAAAGAUCCUGAAUGGUCGCUUUUCACUUGCUAUCCCCACAAUCCUUCAGCCUCUCACUUCCUCAAUAUCAUCCACUGCUACACCACCGUUGUGCCACUCAAUAGCUCGCUCGGUGCCGAACGUAAACCGACGUACUUUCACCGCCGCAGUUUGCUUACGACGAGACCCAAAGAAAUUUGGCAAAAAGAAUGCGCUGUCCAAGGAUGGAGAAGAGAAACCAAAUGCUACGGACCCCAACGAUCUCGAGGUGCUCAAAGCGGAGCUCGCUGAGGCGAUGAAAAGCUUCAAAGCCAAACUCGGUCAAUUGCGACCGGAUGGACGCUUGUCCCCAGAAGCCCUGGAGGUGAUGCGUGUGAGAAGUCCUGGGAUGCAGCUGCGCGAUGCACCACAGCUCGGCGACCUGUGUACGAUCGUUUCCAAGGGCAGGACCUUUGAAAUCCUCGCCUAUAACCAGAAUGACGUCAAAAACAUCUCCAAACUCCUUCAAUCCACAGCCCACAGCCUCACUCCCAAAGUCAAUCCAGACAACACCAACCCGAACAGGAUCGUGGUAGACAUCCCGCCCGCGACCGCCGCCUCGCGUACUCGCGUCGUCGAGGAAGCCCACCAACUCGGCAACGAAGUCAACCGCGCCAUCACCCUCGCCCGCGCCAAUCAGCAAAAGAGACAUCGCGCCAUGCGACUGAACCACACCGCCCGUCCGGACGAUAUCAAUAAGGGCAUGUUUACGACGAAUGACCUUACUAAGGCGGCGAACGAGGAGGCGAAGAAGAUUACGGAGGAGUUUAAGAAGGUCGUGCUCUGGCAGUAA